UUGUCCUGGAGUUUUUUUUUUUGUUUGUUUUUUUUUUUAAGACUGACAUCGGGGUGCAUGAACUCUCAAUCCUCUUUCAAAACGAACAUUUUCAAUAGACAUGUUGAAACAUUCAAGGGGAAACUGAUUUCGCCAUUGGUCGCCAUAACCUGAAGACUGGGAUAGUCUUUCUGCGAGCCACAAUGAGUUCCCCCUCAGCAGACAGAAAGCCUCCUCUGGACUACGGUGUUCAAAUACGCUUCAUCAAGGACCUGGACGACACAGGUGGAGGUUACGUGGAGAGGAGUCGUGGUGUCGGUGGAAGUGCUGGAGGCAGCGGAACCCCUCCAUCCUCCAAGUAUGGAGUGGCAGUGAGGGUUCAGGGUAUCUCGGGGCAGCCCUACGUUGUGCUGAAGGAUGGGGAGAAGGGGGACUCUUAUGGGGUACAGCUAAAGACACAGCCCCCAGAUCAGAUUCCAGCCUCGGGACAUUCUUCCCCCUUCAUCAGCUUGCCUCGAGGGCAGAGAGAUAGGGCACAGACUCCCAAGGACCCAUAUCGACCAUUUGGGCAAGCAAGUUCACCAUCUGAGGAAUCUGCUUCUGAAUUUGGGAACAUUUUGAGGAGGCCACCUGGUGAUGGACAGGCAGGGAGUCAUGGGGAAGGCGAGGGAGGCUCAGAAGAGUGCCCCACCUCCACUCCUCCAGCCAGUGAUUUGGAGAAGAAAGACUUUGGAGGACUGAAUGAAGCGGGGCUGAGGCGGGUUGGCCAGAUUGGUAAUGGUGGAGCUGAGUCGAAUUGGCCUGUGACUGGAAAACAGGUCAGUCAGUAUACAUCAGCUGAGGCUUUUUCUGAGCCUCCAGCAUCUGUUGAGCCUACAGGUGAAGCCAUUGACACCAAAUCUUUAGCUCCCAUUAAUAAACUCAUCAGUAAGUUCAAUAACAGUGGCCCAAGCAAUGCCACUUCUGGCAUGCCCAGCCAGACUAGAGGACGCUCUGGAGCUCGAACACAUCUACAGUUUGAUGAGCGACGGCGUUCUCGCAGCUUAGAUUCUCAUAAGGAGCCUCAAGAACAGCCUCCACCAUCACCAACUAUAAACCCGUAUGCUCCCAUUGCUACCACAAAGUCGACCUGCACCCUCAAGUCCCCCACGCCAACAACCUACAGCAGUCUCGGACGGGGUUCUGCAUCAGUGGCCAAGGUGCCUGCUGUUUCUGCAUCAAAGCCACCUACGUUCUGUCUGUCACCAAAAACGUCUGUUGCUAUGGAAACACCACCUUCUAUAUUAAAGAAGCAUGUGGCUCCUGAACUUCUGAAGAGCCAAAGUCAGAAUACAAAUUCCAUGUAUGGAGAGGAAGCCCAACUCAAACAAGCCAUUUACAACAUCCUCCAAGAUGGGUCUACUGAGAGUGAUGUUUCCCUGAGACGCAAAGUCAGCCUCAUUCAGGAGUGCUUCAGUGGGAUAAAGACAACACCGGGAGAGUAUGGUGUGAAGACUGUGCCAGCGGAGAAUGAGAGGAAGACCAAGCAGCUACAACAGCAGCUGGACCAGAUCAAGAGAGAACUAGGGCUUGCUCAGGACCAACUGGUGGAGCUGCGCAUGGAGAAGGAGGGGGUGGAGUCUUGCUUACAUCAGCAAGAGGAUGAGCUGGCUCAACUGCAGGAGCAGCUCAGGAGAGUAUUGGAGAAUACUCGGACAGACUCGCUGCACAUGGACUUGAUGGCGGUCCAGGCAGAGAUGUCCGAGGCGGUGAUGUUGCGGCAGAAGCAGGAGGAGAUUCUGCGUAUGAGGGAGAGGGAGCUCACCGCUCUGAAGGGGGCACUGAAGGAUGAGGUGGCCUCUCAUGACAAAGAGAUGGAGGCGCUGAGAGAGCAGUAUAGGCAAGAUAUGGAGGCCCUCCGACAGAGCAUGGAGCAUGUGUCACAGUCACAGCGGGAGAUCGAGGAGGAGCGUCAGAAGGUGAACGCUUCCAUUCUGGCCCUAGAGGAGGAGCUAGACAGCUACAAGGAACAGGGUGAUUGUUGGAGCGAGCAGAUGAUAUCAGUCAAACAAGAGCAAGGGCAGCACAGCGCAUUUCAAAAGCUGCUGCAGGCUCAGCAGGAAAAGAAGGAGAUGGAGGAGAAGCUGCUCAGGAUGAGGGAGACGUGUGAGACAGACUCCCAUCCGUUAGCUCAGGAGCUACAGCAUUGUCGCAGGGAUUUAGACCAAGCACAGUUAAAACUUGCCGAGCAGUUGAAGAAGGAGGAGCUUAGGUCUUCGAAGAAGAUGAAUGAGGACAAAGAACUGGAGCUGAAGUCUGAGAUUGAAAGACUGAUGGACCAGUCAAAGAAGGACAAAGAGGAACUUGCCAAAUUGCUUGAGAAGACACAACAGUUACCAUCCUCAGCUCAAGAUGUUGGCACCACCAAAGAGAAUAGUCUGGAACUUGAAGAGGCCAACACUCGCCUUAGAGAGAGACUAGCCCGCAUGUCCCGACUGCAAUCGGGUAGCAGCAGUAGCAAUUCGGAGGUUCUUGAAGAGGAAAACCGCAGCCUGCGUAUCCAGCUGGAUGAAGUCCGGCGUACAUCAUCCCGACUGGGGCAGGAGAAAGAGGAGCUCAGCCGGCGAGUGGAGGAACGAGAAAAGGAGAGGGAGUCUCUGCGCCGCAGCAAAUCCGACUUAGAAGAGCAGAAGAGAUUGCUUGACCGAGCACUGGAUAAGAUGAACAAAGAGAUGGAGGCGAUGAUGGGGGAUUCCCGCCUGUCUGUGCACGCACUGCAAUCUCAGCUGGAUGAGUUUCGGGAUCGCGCACGCCGAGAGCUGCAGGAGGCUCUGAGGUUGAGCAAGGAGCGUCUAACAGAUCUACAGAGGGCGCAGGGCAGCCUCAAAUCACUGCAGGAAGAGGUGUCACGUCUGAAGAAGGAACUGUUGGCAUGCUCUGAGGAGAGGGAGAGUGCUCAGCUGGAUAAGGAGUUACUGAGCAGCCGACUCAAGCACCUGGAGAGUGAGCUGGAGACAGAAAGGACCUCCCAGACGGAUCGCAACAGGGAGAUCCGGAUUCUAGAGGACAAAGUGAAGUCUCUGGAGAUUGAGCUGGAUGAAGAAAAGAGUGGAGAAGAACUACUGAAUGACCGCAUCACACGCAGCCGUGAACAGGUGGAGCAACUUCGCUCUGAACUGAUGCAAGAGCGCUCAGCCAGACACGACCUUGAGAUGGACAAGAGUUCACUAGAAAGACAAGUGAAGGAGCUGAGGAGUCGUAUAACCGAUAUGGAAGGUCAGCCUCGACCAUCUGUUGGUGUGAACCUGUUGGAGAGCAAGAUCCAGGAGCUGGAGGACCGGUUACGCAGUGAGGAAAGGGAGAAGAACAGCAUUCUAGCAGCCCAAAGGAGGAUGGAGCGAAAAUUAAAGGAUGUCAGUGCCACACUGGAUCAGGAGAGAAACCACCAUGCUGAACAGAGAGACCAGCUCUCCCUGCGUGUGAAGUCCCUGAAAAGGCAGGUGGAUGAGAGCGAGGAGGAGGUGGAGCGCCUGGAGGGCGUGAGGCGAAAGGUUCUGCGAGAACUGGAGGAGCAGCAGUUGCUGAAGGAGGCACUUCAGGCCAAAGUCAGCGCACUGGAGAAUGAGCUCAAGAGGAAAAUUCAGCAAACGAGACGUCCAGCUGUGGCCUCCACUCUGAGUUCUGAGGAUGAGGAUGGAUACUUUGACUCGAGCAGCAUCACAUCCAUCCUGACAGAGUCUUCGCUACAGACAAGCAACUGUUAAUGAGAAAGCAAAAUGGCAGUAGGGAAUAAUUGUUUUAACAAUGUUGAGAGUUGGCUAACGAGAGAGAAUAGAGGAAACAGUGGGAAAGGUAGUCCCAUUUCAGAUCAAGUAGACAUGUAUAUGGUUAUUUAUUUGUAGAAAGAUGACCAAAUAAUUUUGAGAAGUCCUCAGGUUUCUAAAGACGAUCUAAUGACGACAACCUUUCAGGCUCACUUUUACAUUUUGAUUAGUUUAAUCUUGUGGAACUUUCCUUCCUUUUUGGAGCAAUGGCUGCAUUUUGAAUCAAAAUACAAUUACCAUGAUGAUCAUUAAUUAAAUUAGGUAAAACUUCCAACUACUGCUUUUGGUGUAAAGCUUCUGUAAAACUCUAACAGUGUAGUUAGUUACUGUAAAAUUUGAAAUGUGUAGUAUCAAAUAAUUAGUGCCUUAAUUCUGUAAGGAAAAUCUAAGAACAACCUUAAUGUCUUAGUGUGAAGAGACAUUAAGUGAAGAAAUGAUGCAGAAAUGAAUCUUCAGUAUAGUAAAUCAAAUGAGCAUGUGAUGAAAUGAAGACAACCAAAACUAAGCUUAAACUGAUUCAGUUUAACUCUUGGAAAUUGAAGGAAUACUGACAAAUUUACUUUAUAUAAACAGCUAUUUUAUUGCAGCCAACUGAAAUACAGCAAACUGGUGCAAUGCUAUAUUCAUUUAUUCUUGUGAUAAGUGUGAAGUUAAAAAGAACUCAUUCUUUGUAUGCCUGAUUUGUGUGUGUGUGUGUUUCUUUUUUUGUUUGUUUUUUUUUUAAACCCAUACUGAACUUAUGUAAGCAGAAAUCAGCUGUGAUGUAAUAGGGCAGGUACAGAAUCCCUGUAACAUGUUUAUCUUUAAAAUUAAAUAUAAUUCUCUGCCUA